AUGCCUUCACAUCCCAGCGACCUGAUUCCCUUUGAAGCCCUUCCACUCGACCCCCGAGGCCCCCGAGGCAAUGCAUGGGGGCGAUUUGGCUCAAAUGACGAGCUCGGUACAUUGAACCUGCUCACUCCAGAGGUGAUUGUUGAAGCGGCCAAGGAAAUACAAACUGGUAUUCGCAUCUCACUGGACUGGCCACUGAGUAUGCCGCGUUAUCCCAGCUUUGACCGGCUCCCAUUCCGCCAGGAGCUGGUCCUGCGAACGCCUCGGUGCAUCUACGACGACAUUCUCACCUUUAACACUCAGGGCUCGACACAAUGGGAUGGAUUCAGACAUUAUGCGAUACCGCUGGAAGCCAGGAAGACACACUCGACGCUGACCCUCAAGCCAUACACAGUCGUUGCUGAGCAUGGCGGCAUAACCGGUCGAGGCGUCCUGCUCGACUUCGCCGACUGGGCUGAGUCGCGCUCCAUGUCCAUCUCCGCCCUUGAAUCCCAGCCGAUCACUCUGGAUCACAUUAAAGGAGUGAUUCACGAUUACAAACUCAGCUUUCGAAAGGGGGACAUCCUCUUCAUCCGAAGCGGGUUUACGGCAGCAUACAACCGGCUCAACGAUGAACAGCAACGCGAGCUCUCUCAAAGACCGACGCCGGAUUUCAUCGGGGUAGAGGCAACAGAGGGUAUGGUGCGAUGGCUCUGGGAUUUUCAAUUCGCGGCUGUGGCAGGUGAUGCCCCCAGCUUUGAGCGUGCUCCGAUUCGGGGCAAUCAUGCAGAUCCAGAGUUCAAUUUGCACGAGUGGCUGUUGGCGGGUUGGGGGACGCCGAUCGGGGAGAUGUUUGAUCUGGAGCAGUUGUCGCAGCAUUGUAAGGAGACGGGCAGGUAUAGCUUUUUCUUGUCGAGUAUGCCGUUAAAGGACCAUAAGAACGCCUCGCUUUCACCAUGUGUACUGCCGUACCUGGUGAUGGCGCCUGCAAGUACUAUAUGCCUCAUUAUGCUUGGGUACUUUCUUGAGCCCAUAUGGAGACGAUGGCAGCCAAAAUGGACUCGCCCAUUUUUAUCCGAGCAAGAGGAAGAGACUGAUAUCGGCUUAGAGCAUGUGAAACGCCCGUUGGGGUGGACAAUUGCGCUCCUAGUCUUCACCGCUAUCGGGCUUGUCGCUGAGCUUGUACAUCUAUACCCACCUCAUUGGAGCAUAUCUGCUUCAAUUCUCAUUGUAUCAUGGGCCUUGGCCGGACUGGUCCUCACACUAAAGAGACCGCGAUCAUGCUCAAUCCCGAUGCUGAUCUUCUUCGUUCUUUGUCUUCUUGUGGAGACCAUCCUCGGCACUGAUUCUCGUACUCAAGGCAAAAUAUCGGCGAUCGCUCAUGUAGUUGCUGGUCUUGCUGCCUUGAUGGCCUGUUUCACCAUCCUGUGGAUGCCAUUUCGGAGGUCCUCACUGUCAGCAAUUGAAAUCAGUGGUGUUGGUCAGACCCCGAGCAGUGAUUUUCGCAGUCCAGAAGAUAACUUGCGUCUGUGGCAAUUUCUCACCGUCUCUUGGAUGAUGCCAUUGAUCUCGCUUGGACGCAAGAGACAGCUCAACGAGCCAGACGUCUGGUCUCUUGGGUUUGAAUUUCAACACAGUCGGCUUCAUGAGAAGUUCCGUCGACUGCGCGGUUCUGUCCUGUCCCGGGUUCUACGGGCCAAUGGGCUUGAUGUUCUCAUCCUCUCCUGCAUUGCGAUACUGCAAAUGUUAUGCACUUUCUCCACUCCGAUUCUUCUCCAGCAAAUUUUGCAGGGGAUGCAGGACUCGACUGCACCCAGGCGAGUGCCUCUGACCUAUGCGGCCCUCGCCCUUGCUAUUCGUCUGGUAGCUGCUCAGUCGCAGGUACUCAACUUGUGGUAUGGCAGGCGAUGCUAUGAGCGCUCGAGAGGUGAAAUGGUCAUGAUGGUUUAUGAGAAGGCCCUAUCGAGAAAGAACAUUCUUGGCACGCAUGAGGAGAAGGAGAAGUCGAACUCCGGCGGUACAUCCUUGACCAAUGGCGACCCUGAAACAAGCGAACAAGAAGAUUUGUCUACAGGGCAAAAAGGCUCGUGGACAAAUCUUUUCUCUAUUCGUCGCAAAGUGCAGCCAAAGAAACCUAAGGAGGCUGCAACUCUUGGAAAGAUCUUCAAUUUGCUUCGAGGAGAUGUCUACGAUGUGGCUCAGCGAUUUUGGGAGAUUGAUGUGCUCAUCGACAAACCGCUGGGGCUGAUCAUUGCCGUUGUUCUGGUGUGGAAAUUAUUCGGACCGUCCUGUUUCCUGGGUGUCCUGACUGUUUUGAUCGCUCAAUCUGUGAACGCCGUCAUUACCAAGUUCCUUCUCCGGAGAGAACGUCUGACUCGAGCUUCGACUGAUGCCAGAUUGCAAAUCACGUCGCAGUUUGUGGAAGCUAUUCGACAUCUUCGAUGGUAUGGCUGGCAGAACCAUUGGCUUCGCAAAGUGAUGGACGCUCGUCAGCGCGAACUGAACAGGCGCAUCGUCACCAGACUUUGCUCAACAUCAAUCAACGUUAUCAAUGCUUUCGCCAGUGGUAUUUUCCCUGUUGUCGCUUUAUACGCCUACACAAAAUUAGCCGGUCAUGAGCUUCGGAUUGAUAUCAUUUUCCCUGCUUUGCAACUGUUUACAAUGCUGGAGACGCGGUUGCGGGAAAUCCCAAGUCUCAUCACGUCAUUACUGAACGCCUCGAUCGCUCUUGGGCGGAUAGAAGACUUCAUGGCAGAGCCGGACAAAGCAGAGGCUUCUUCAGACCGCCUCCCAGAUGAAAUUGUCAUCUCACUUGACUCGUGCUCAUUCUCAUGGCCUGGAAAGACAUUGCCUGUUCUCAAACAGGUCAAUGUAACGAUCUCAAAGGGUCUUACGGUCAUUAGUGGGAAAGUUGGCGCGGGAAAAACGGCAUUCCUACAAGCCUUACUGGGGGAGCUUGAUCUCCUUGACGGCGUCUGUCAUCUGCCCAAUGAGACAGUAGGCUACUGUGCACAGACACCGUGGUUGCAGAGCAUGAGCAUUCGCGACAACAUCCUCUUCUCUGCACCAUAUGAAGAGCAGCGCUACAAGAGGACAAUUGAAGCAUGCGCACUACUGCCAGACAUAUCGCAGUUCAAGCAUGGCGAUUUAACCUUUAUCGGUGAAAAUGGCGUCGGUCUUUCGGGAGGGCAAAAAGCGAGAGUGGCCCUUGCGCGAGCUGUGUAUAGUACUUCUCGAGUGCUCCUGCUUGAUGACCCCUUGUCCGCACUGGAUCAUCACACUGCCGAGUUUAUCGUGCGCAAAUGUUUGCUGGGGCCGCUGAUGCAAAAUCGCGCCAUCGUUUUGGUGACACAUCGUACUGGACUGGUCUACGAUAUUGCUGACCAAAUUAUUGAUAUCAACGAGUGUUGCGCCAAAGUCUACGACAAAACCGCACUGAGAGAGUCGGGAGUUACUGAUGGUCAAAUGAGCCGGGUGACCAAGCGUGACGAUGAGAGCCCUGAGCCCCAAGAAGCCAACUCCGAAGAAGAGGCUGCAGCGAUUCCAGAGAAAUACUUUGAAGAAGAGCAUCGUGCUGAAUGGGGCGUCAAAGCCCGCGUCUACUGGAAUUAUGUCAGGGCUGGCAAGUACCGCUGGUGGGCUCUCCUCGUGUUGGUCCUCGCAAUUCACAGGCCCAUGGCUGUGGGACAAUCAUGGUUUUUGAAGGAAUGGGGUGAAGCGUAUAGAGAUAUGCCAACGUCGCACGGGGCCUUCAAUCCUCAUACUUGGCAGGUUGCUCUUGUGGAUCAAUCAUUUCGGUUGGCUUCCAUGGAAGGCACCCAUCUUGCACCUUCAAACCCUAUCGACCAGCUUCCGUCCCCUACUGAGGACGUCCACCCAUGGUUAUGGGCCUUUCUUGGCAUCGUGUGCCUCCAAACUUUCGCACUUUUAGCCUCUCAGCUACUAAUGCUUAUUAUCGUCUACUGUGCAGGUAAAUCACUAUUCCACCAGGUCAUGGACCGCGUCAGUCAUGCUUCCUUCCGAUUCUUCGAUGUGACCCCUGUUGGCCGUUUGAUGAACCGGCUCACAUCGGACAUCAGUGCAGUGGAUGGCAACAUCAGCGUGCAGUUCCAGACCAUUGCUUUCUAUGCAAUUACAUGGAUUUUCUCGAUAAUGGUCAUUGUUAUAGCGACCCCCGCAUUUCUUCUGUUCUCCCUGGUUCUUGCUGUGGCCUUUGUCGUCAUCUUCAUGCGAUUUCUUCCCACCUCACAAAGUCUCCGUCGACUGGAGAUGGUCUCAUUGACGCCCCUACUGUCUAACUUUGGGGAGUUGCUGCACGGUCUCACAACUGUGCGCGCGUUCCGAGCCGAGGAGCGCUUUCAAAAUCGAGUCAUCUCCGUGGUCGACAAGUUUCAGGGAAUGGAUCAUUUCUAUUGGUCUCUUCAGGCUUGGCUGAUGUACCGCUUCGAGAGUCUCUCCGCCCUUUCGACGUUUUGUCUGACCGUCCUGGCGCUUUACACAAAUACCACACCUGGAUUGGUAGCCUUCGUGCUCAUUGCUGCCAAUAACUUUGUGGAUUCGACGCAUGGACUCUGCAAGCAGUAUGGUCAGCUGCAAAUGGACUUUGUCUCGGUUGAACGCAUUGAUGAGCUCCUCCAUAUCGAAGAAGAGCCCAGGGGCACUAUUGACCCCCCGGCAGCGUGGCCAAGGUACGGCAGCGACGUCCUAUUUGAAGAUGUGACCUUGCGAUAUGCCCCACACUUGGAUCCCGCGCUCAAGGACGUCUCUCUGCGAAUUUCCGGUGGAUCAACCACUGCUGUCAUCGGCCGAACAGGGAGCGGUAAAUCCACACUCGCUAUUUCUCUACUCAGCGUGGUUCGACCGGAAUCUGGUCGCAUCAUAAUAGAUGGUCUGGACAUCGCUCAUGUGAAUACGCAAGCCCUUCGGACGCGCGUGACCUUUGUCGCGCAGGAUCCUGUUCUGUUCCCGGGAAGCGUCCGACUCAACCUGGACCCUACCGAGGAAUUUUCCGAUCAAGAAUGUGCCGAAGUCCUUGGACGACUCUGCGGUCGACAUGGAUGGACACUCGACACACAUAUUGAAGCUGGUGGGAAAAAUCUGAGCCAGGGCCAACGUCAAUUGAUCGCCCUCACUCGCGCUGUCCUGCGACGCAGUCCACUUGUCAUCUUCGACGAGGCCACCGCCUCUAUUGACCAGGAGACGUCGAUGGACAUUCAGCAAAUCGUUCGAGAGGAGCUGCAGUUAUCGACGGUGAUCACAAUUGCGCACCGUGUCGAAGCUGUGAAGAAUGCAGAUCAUUUCGUGGAGCUCGAUCGAGGGACAGUCUCGAGACACGGCAGUGUGGCUGACAUGUGA